GGAGGACUUGGGGCAGCUGCUCCGCUACGGUUUUCCGAGGAGCCGGCUGGCGGCCCUUUCCCCGCCUCCCUUUUCUUCCCCUCCCAUUGAGUGAUUCAAGCCGUGCGCUUCCCACUUCCGCCCCCUCUGCCUGCCAUUGGAACUAGCAAAGCUGAGCAAGUUGCGACCGCCGAACUGCUGGCACUCCCCUUCUCUUUCUCGCCUCGUCUUCCUCUCGCCUUUUUCUUUUCUUCUUUUUUCCCUUUUUUGGGGCCGCCACCUCCGCGAGGCCUCGCGACCGCCGAGCCCGAAGCUCACGCCGCGGCCAACAUGAGCUUCUUGUUUGGUAGUCGCUCUUCCAAAACUUUUAAACCAAAGAAGAACAUCCCAGAGGGGUCUCACCAGUAUGAGCUCUUAAAGCAUGCAGAAGCCACACUUGGCAGUGGCAACCUCAGAAUGGCUGUCAUGCUUCCUGAGGGGGAAGAUCUAAAUGAAUGGGUUGCAGUUAACACUGUGGAUUUCUUCAAUCAGAUCAACAUGCUUUAUGGAACCAUCACAGACUUCUGUACAGAGGAGAGUUGUCCGGUGAUGUCAGCUGGACCAAAAUAUGAGUAUCAUUGGGCAGAUGGAACAAAUAUAAAGAAACCUAUCAAAUGCUCUGCACCAAAGUAUAUUGAUUACCUUAUGACUUGGGUCCAGGACCAGUUGGAUGAUGAGACAUUAUUUCCAUCAAAAAUUGGUGUUCCAUUCCCAAAGAAUUUUAUGUCUGUGGCAAAGACUAUACUUAAACGUCUUUUUAGGGUUUAUGCUCAUAUUUAUCACCAACAUUUUGAUCCUGUGAUCCAGCUGCAGGAGGAAGCACAUCUUAAUACAUCUUUCAAGCACUUUAUUUUUUUUGUCCAGGAGUUCAACCUUAUUGAUAGAAGAGAACUUGCUCCACUCCAAGAACUGAUUGAAAAACUCACUUCGAAGGACAGAUAAAAAGGAUGCAGAGCUGUGGAAAUUGUUCUUCAAUUGAAGCUGUGUGGAGUGUAUUUGGGUUUUGCUAUAUUUUGUUUUUUUCUGGGUUGUUUUUAUCUUAGGUUUGGGGGGCUUGUUUGGGUUUCCUUUUCUUUAUUACGAAUAUAUGAAACCAUAUUCUACUGCUAGAGGAAACCAAGAACCAUUCUCUACAUUUGAAAAGGUGUGAAUUUUGUCUUAGCAGCAUACAGUAUUAUUUUUAACCUUGUUUUGGUUACUUGAAGAGUUUUUAAUAAUAUUGUGUGCUAGAAGAAAAUGCUUUCUGACUGAACUGCUAAUGGUUGGGUUCUGUGUUGUGUAAAUUGUGGCCCAUUUUGAAGUCCCCAAAAGACAUGUUUUUAAAGUGCCUUGGCAGGCCCACUUCUGAGGUGCAAAGCACAGACAUAGGACUGAGCAGGGCUCAAAAUAAUAUUAGGAUUACUACCCAGGGCACUUACUGGUGCAAGUUGUAAAAUAAUCUAUGAUAAAAGCCAUAGUUGACCUAAGUUGGUGAUCUCCAGCUUUUACUACAUUGAAGAAACAUAAUUUGUAAAGGUGUGCAUGUAGAACAUAAAAAUUAGUAUUUCUUAAUUAUUUUUGAUAUUGAUGGUAAUAUAUUUCUGUUCAACAAAUGCUUAAAGUUCUAUGAGCAGAUAUUUUCCAUCUCUUGAUAUCUGUGAUAUUGAAACUUGAGGAUUUUGAAAUGUAAUACCUAUUGCAUUUUGACUUCUUUCUACAUGUUAACUGCACUGUAGGUGUAAAACUUCAGGUUAUAUUAGGAUUGCCAUCUUCAGAGGUGAUGUUAAACUGUGAGGUUUCUUAGCAAUUGCCAAAUGAGCCAUAAGUCUACAGAAUCCCCUUCUGUUUCAAAGAGGAGGGGAUUGAAGCGUGUUUGGUUGGGAAGGGGUUAAUUUCUGUGAGGAGUUAGGGAUGGAAUUAAGUGGGGAGUCAAGUUCUAGAAAGUCCCAUUUUAAAAAUCUUUGAAUAGAACAGUGUGAAGAUUUUAAUCAAUUAUUUUUAAACAGAGUCUUAGAGAUUUUUUUUUUUUUAGGAAUCAGCUUCCAUGAGAAGUUAAAAAUAAAUCAUUAAUUUUAGGUACAGACAUUAAACAUUGAAUUUAAGGACUUUAGGGAAAUUAAUCACUUUGUAGCAUUUCCAUUCAGUGAAUGGAGCUAGUAUUUGCCUAUCAUUUUAAAAUGAUAUAGUACUUUUGCUUAUUAUAGGCCCAGAUAGAAGCAUUCUGACUUCUGGUUUUUCCACUGUGAAAAAAAUCAUUUCUUUACAGUGAUAUCAAACAACAAAAAUGCUCAUCAUUCAAUAGUUAUUUUUAAAUUUUAUUUGUCAUGACUUUCUAGUGAAUUAUUACCACCAGUAAGUUUAAAAACAUAGUUUUUAGAAUAAAUAUUAAUUUGCUUCACUUCAGAUUUGUUCUUGAGAUUGAGAAAUACCUUUUCAAACUUUGUUUUAAUUUGACAUAUUUUGGUAAAUCUGCUUCCUUCAGUUAGAACUAUAUACCCUUCUCUUGGUAGAAACAUACCUUUUUCCUAAAAUAGAAGAGAAUAGAAAUGCUGCUCUGGAAUUGUGUAGAUUACAAAGGCUUUGUGGACAAAAAUCUAAAAUGAAAUAAAUUUAUUUGUUUUAUUAACAAGAAGAACAGUGAUACAAUUUAAUGCCCUUACAAUUAUGAUCACAAGGGAACUGCCUUUUUCUCCAUUUCAUUUCUAGCAGUUAUUCACCAAGUACCAAUAGUAGAAGUAAUGGAAGAUCUUGGCAGGGGUAAAUAUAUUGGACAUUUAUUGGUGAUGCUUAUUAAUAAACUGCACUGAGAGCUAGCUGACUUCCUUAAAACAAAUAUUUCAGUGUACAAAUAGACAAUAUGAAUCAUUAUGGGUUGAUUCAGAAAUAAAAUUGGGUGUCAUGAGUUUUGAGUCCUAUCUAUGUGGGAAAUGAAAGACACAAUUACUCAAAACUUUUCCAUAUUGCAUUUGACUUUUUAUCAUCCUAUAACAAAUGGGUUGCAAUAGUCAUGUGUGGAGAGAAUAAUAGAAAGUUGUUCUGAAUCUUUUAAACCUUACAUAGUUGUACACUGUAAAAAUGGAAAAAUAUAACUCUAAUAUUUGAUAGUAGUAUUUACCUUUCCACAGUACGUAGAUAGAAGUUUGUUUUCACUGUGCCAGAAUCUCAGGUACCUGUGUCUGAGUGUUCACUUAACAAGUUAUUGGGAAACAAGGAGAUAUGUAUGUGUGUAUAUAUGAUAAUGAAGUAUAAAGUUCUCCCAGAGAGAAGCCUGGCAUUGUACAUGGUGUUAGAUGGUUACAAGUAAGGAAACACCAAAGCCAGUAAGAAAGAACUGAUUCUAUUAAAAAGUUACUUUGACUUGUUGAUUCCUAUGAGAGUUAGACACCCUUUAUAAAAUAAGGAUCAAAGCUUGAUUUUUGAAGCAGACUUGCUUACAAAAGUCUAUUAUAUUCUUUUCAGAUUUCUUUAUUUAAUUAAAAAUAGCCAAGACAAUUAUUUCCCCUUGCUGUUUAUACAGAGCUACAAAGAAGUUGUUUUUCUCAUCCUUUGAUAAAAGCAUCCUAUAAAAUGUAAAGUAGUAAGUUAACAUAGUAUUAUUGUCACUCAUGAUGUUUUGGUUAAAAUGUUGAUAUGAAGCACAUUUUAGGAAUUAUUUUAAAUGAUGGAGUAAUGGUGGUGGACAUAUGAUAACAAAAAGAGUAAACAGUUUUUAGUUAGCAGUAGAUGGUACUACUGGCUUUCAUUAUUCCAUUUUCCAUAAAAACCAUGGUAUUGAACUAUACUAAAAUAGUAAGCAUGUAUUAGUUAGCUGGUUAUCAUCCUAUAACAAAUGGGUUGCAAUAGUCAUGUGUGGAGAGAAUAAUAGAAAGUUGUUCUGGAUCUUUUAAACCUUACAUAGUUGUACACUGUAAAAAUGUCAGUAUACCUUAAAAUGAAAGAUUUAGAUUUCUGUCUCUUUCUACUUUCCCUGUGUUAGUUAUUUGUAAAUUCUAAAUGGUCAGCAUAAAAUGUAUUAAAUAACUGAAGAUAUGUAUAAUAUAUUUCAGACUGAAUUAUUUCCUCCACUAUCAGGAUGGAUAAAGCACUGCAAUCUCUUUAUCAGGAAAUAGAGAUGAUGUGUUAUUUUGCAUAUGUAAUCUCCAGACUCCAUUUUAUGUAUGGAUAUUUUCCUUGCUUGUAGGAAAAUAGAAAAAGGACAGAUUUCUUUUACAGCUUUGUCUACACCCUCUCUGAGAGAGGUUUUGAUAACCACUGAAAUAGUAGAAUAUGUGCCAUACAAUAUUAUGGUGUAGAACUUUCUUUUAAAAUGAUUGUCAUACCUUAACAUCCAGUGAGAGUUGAUCUUCAGAGUAGUUCCCUUGGGAGCGCUACUUAUUCCAGCUAUGCUACAAAAGUGUAAUGUUUUUGGAAUUCCUUUAGAGAUGCCAGGAGAACUGGCUUGUAACUAUGCAAGAAAAUCAAUUUCAUCAUCUUUUUUGGCAGCUUAAUAUUUAUCUGUCCUAAUCUCCAAACCAAGUCUAACAACUUGGCUGUUCUAUGAGAACUAAGCCAACAGGGAAAUUCAAAAGAAUGUGUCAUAGGAUCUGACUCUGCAGAAGAGAAUGUUUUAACCAUUAACUGCAUCAUUGAAUAAAGGAAUUAUUUUCCUAAUGUGACUAUUUUGAAGUGGACAGUAUCAUUUGGAUGUAUAGAUUUAAUUUUCUAAAUUUAGUUGAAUUACUUUAUAUUUAAAUAUAAUACUAUUUUUAAAAAAAUCCCAGAGCUUCCUUUAGAACUUACUUUUUAUUUUUUAUUUCUUUUCCUGAAAACUUUUGAAUUCCAUCUUGACUAUUAUAGGAUAGUUUUGAUCAAAUGGAUAGUAUGGAAAAAUGAAUCCAGUGUUUAAAAUAGCAGUAGUUUAAGGAAACAGACUCUUUACCUCCAUUCUUUUUUUUUUUAAACAUGUUUUCAUUUAAGUUAACAGUCUGACUUUAAAGACUAGAGGUUGUGUGCAAAGAAAUUGGAACGUUUUAUGUAUUAAUUAUGCUAGAUUUUAAGUCUGUCAGAAAUAAUAUAUUUAGAAUUUUAUAACUAUUUCACAUAUAAUUUUUAACCUUAAAGUUUGACUUGUUUUGAAAAGAUGGGGGCCAAAAUAUAUUUGUAAUUUUGAAAUGUGACUGCAUACAAUCAUAUUUUGAAACUUACUUAGAAUAUUAAAGAAUAUGCCAAUUCUUAGAAACACAGAAGAUCUACACUUUAAGGACCAUUUCUAAAAUAAUUAAAAUGACAAAAAGAGUUUUAUCAUUAUGUUAAGAUUUACCAUAGGAAUCACUGUUGUUCAGCUAUCAGCUUAAUUGUGUAUGAGAUGAUACAUGGCUAGAGGUAAAGCUAUCUCAAGAUUUAAUGAACAAGUAUAAUUAGAACAUGUAACAAAAUUCUGACUGCAGAUGAUUUGAAUUUUAAAACUUUCCUAAUAAGUUAAUAAAAGCAAAUUUGUUUUGAAAACAUAACAGUGCAUUCCAUGUCUGCCACUCAUGGCUGAACUUUAUUUAGACAAAAGAGAAAAAAUAGAUUAAAAUAGGGGUACUCAAUUUUAUAAGCAUAAUGCAAGUCUAUUUGCAAAUAGUGUUAUAUAAUAGAAAACUCUGGACUAUAAUUCUCAAAGACAGAUAGUGAAAUCACUGGCCUUUUCUAGCGGUAUGUUUUCCUAUUCUCCAUCUUCUGUUUGAGACAUAUAUACACACAUAACAAGAAAACAAAGCAGUUAGGUUGACUUUGUAGGUCUUCAUUGUUAGUGAUUCUUUAGUGCUUACUGUCAGAAUAUAGGUUUCUGUUUGUUUUGGUUGACAGCUUUCUUUAAAUUAUGUCACUGAAAAGGAUAUUAGUUGUAUAAAAUCAAACAAAAUAUUUAAUUUUUAUUAUUAUUAAAUUUUACAGGUGGAUGUUUCUUACAGGUUUUUGCUUUUAUUUUUUUCUGAAAUACUUAAUUGUGCAGAUUGUAAAACAGAUUUGUGUAUUUUCAUUUAGGAACACUUUUCUCCUUAAAUUGUUCUGCAGAAAUGACUAUUUUUAGGGAAAAUAGUUUUUUAUAGCCACUAAAUUGUAUUUGUUAUUUUUGUACAUGCAUAACCAGGGUGGUGAGGAAGUAAUAUUUUAUGGAAUACUUUUGUUCUAUUUGGAUUUUUCCUAUACAUUUAUUACUUAAAAUUAUCACUAAGAACAGUGUCAUGAAAUCUAGGUUGAGAGUGAAUACAGUAAAUAUGAGAACAUGUAGUUCUAAUAGAUACCAUUUCUGAAGACAAAGGGAGAAAAAUAUUGCCACUGCAAAGUAAUGGAAGUAUAAGGGCAGUGUUCACAUUGUGCAAGUAUUUAAGAGAAUGUAUAAAGACAAAAAUCUUACUUUCAUGGAUAUAAAUAGUUUCUCAAAGUAGCUGGAAGGGGAAAAAUAAUCUAAAAGACGAAAUGCAGCAUGGACGCCAUAUUGUAAACUGUGCCAAGAUUAUACAAAUUGUAGUUGUUAUUGAUCAGAGUUUAAUUAUUUCAUCAUUUUUACUUUAAUAGGGGAUAAUGAAUGUCAGAAAAUCUGUAAUGUUUUAUUUGAAAGAUGUAAAUAAUGUAUACAGACUUAUAUGUGGUGGGAUGGGGGAAGUAUUUAAAUUCUAGGUUUUUUUAAAAGGAAGAAACUGAAUGUUUAUAAGAAAAUUAAUAAAUAGUUACUAUGUUUGGCCAUGA